GAUGUUCCAUUGCCAGACAGUGGAAAUGAAUGCUGUUUCAGUGGGACACUGCCUUUUUCUCUGUUCCAACCUUAGCAUAUUGUGAUUUUUUUUUUUUUAAUUAACUCCAAAUGAAAAUCUAAACCCUUUCUUCUUGCUAAUCGUCUCUUUCAAGUUAGCUUCUUUCUGCCACAAUCAAAGCUUUUGGAUUUCCUCUCUUCGGGAUCCUGGUAUCAUCGGCUUUGUUAAGUUCAGUUGUUGAUUUGGGGGAAUGGAGGAUGGGUUGGUAACUAGGGGGACGGAGAGAUGACGAGGGUUCUGGUGUGUAUAUGUAAUGUGUGAAGUUGCUACUGAUUUUGUGUUUCUUUUCGUUUAUUUUUAGUAUAUGGGUCCUUAAAUUUAAGUCAAAGGGUGUGGAUUUGUGUUCUUUAAUUGUACAGGGGUUGGGAAAAUUUUCGAAUUUUUUUUUGUGAGGUGAUAUAUCGAAGCAAUGGUCUUUGUUUUGGCAGAUGCUUUUGGAGUUUGUUUGAUUUUUUAUCCAGAAGUGGGUUUCUGUAUCUGGGAUUUAACGGGAUAGGAUUGGGUCUGUUUGUUUUUGGCAAGUAAACAACAAUAGGCAUCUGGGUUAUCAUCUCUGAUUCUGAUUCUGGGGUUCUCUUUAUGGACUGGGUUUUUUGAGAUUGAUUAGAUUACAGUCAGGUUCUGCAGGGAUUUUCGUAUUAAGUUGGAAUUGCUGAGAUAUGAUCAAGCAGAUAUUUGGCAGGCUUCCCCGGAAGCCAUCUAAGUCUUCUGAGAAUCGUGAAUUUGGGGGUUCAUCUACCCUUUCUUUGAGUAAUUCAGCUAAUUCGAGAAGCAGUGAACUUUUGAGUGGUAGGCUGGUAAACUUGGACGGUACAACACUUUCAGGGCCUAAUUCCACUUCAAAUUCAGCAUAUAGCCGUGGAAAUAAACUUCCUCAAGCUGUAAAUCAACUCAAUGGCAAUUCAGUGGCUGCUCCAUAUGAAGCAUUACCUGGAUUUAGGGAUGUCCCUAGCUCAGAGAAGCAGAACCUGUUUAUUAAAAAGCUGCACUUGUGUUGUGUUGUGUUUGAUUUCACUGACCCAACAAAGAACUUGAAAGAAAAGGAAAUCAAGCGGCAGACGUUGCUUGAGCUUGUGGAUUAUGUUUCUUCUGCAAGUGGAAAAUUCACAGAAACUGUUAUGCAGGAAGCUAUAAAGAUGGUGUCUGUGAACUUGUUCAGGUCACUGACUGCACAACCUCGAGAGAACAAGGUUUUGGAAGCCUUUGAUUUGGAAGAGGAGGAGCCCUCGAUGGAUCCUGCAUGGGCUCACUUGCAAUAUGUAUAUGAGUUCCUCCUGAGGUUUGUUGCAUCUCCUGAGACAGAUGCAAAGUUGGCUAAGAGGUAUAUAGAUCAUUCUUUUGUUCUCAAGUUGUUAGAUCUCUUUGAUUCUGAGGAUCCCAGGGAGAGAGAGUAUCUAAAAACAAUUCUGCAUCGCAUUUAUGGCAAGUUUAUGGUGCAUCGGCCAUUUAUCAGGAAAGCUGUUAAUAACAUUUUCUUUCGUUUUAUUUUUGAAACGGAGAAGCAUAAUGGGAUUGGUGAGCUUUUAGAGGUUUUGGGCAGCAUUAUCAAUGGAUUUGCUUUGCCUCUGAAAGAAGAGCAUAAAUUAUUCCUUGUUCGGGCGCUAAUCCCCCUUCACAAACCAAAAUGCUUACCAAUGUACCACCAGCAAUUAUCAUACUGCGUUACUCAAUUUGUUGAGAAAGAUUGCAAGCUUGCAGAUGCAGUUAUACGGGGAUUGUUGAGGUAUUGGCCAAUUACAAACAGUUCAAAGGAAGUCAUGUUCCUCAGUGAACUGGAAGAGAUUUUGGAAGCAACUCAACCUCCAGAAUUUCAGAGAUGCAUGAUUCCUUUGUUCCGCCAAAUCGCUCGUUGCCUGAGCAGUUCACAUUUUCAGGUGGCAGAGAGGGCCUUGUACUUGUGGAAUAAUGAUCACAUCGAGAACUUAAUCAGACAAAACCGCAGGGUAAUACUGCCGAUUAUCUUCCCUGCCUUGGAGAAGAAUGGCUGUAACCACUGGAAUCAAGUGGUCCAGAGCUUGACACUUAAUGUUCGAAAGUUCUUUUCUGAUAUUGAUCCUGAACUAUUUGAGGAGUGCUUGCACAAGUUUCAAGAAGACGAAGCAAAACUGGAAGAGAUUAAAACAAAACAUGAAGCCACCUGGAAGCGCUUAGAAGAGCUUGCAGCAUCAAAGGCUGCAAGUGGUCAAGCGGCUCUCGUUCCUCACAUAUCCCCUCCCAAACAUCUCCAGCAUGGUGAUGGAGGGAUCUUACUUGUCUAAUCAAAAUAUUUGGAUCUUUUGGCUGGUGCCAUAGUCAGAAGAUGUUCAAUGUGCUUUGAGAUGUUGAAUACUAGUGAAAUGCUGCCUGUUGCACCCAUAGCUUGAGCAGUUUGCCUUCUGGUAUUCUCACACAAUGAGUAGAAGUUUGCAGCUGCAUUCUACCUUAGGAUAGAAGAGUCGUAAUUAGUAAUUUUGGCCCUCCUAUAGCUUCUGUUUUAGAGAACUACAUGAAGGAGCUACAAAACACAGGUAAUUUUACGCACCCAGUCUUGAUUUCAUUUCUUCUUGUGUACUUAUUCAACUGGUUCAUCUUAUUUGUUAUGCCUAUGUAUCAUAUAUUUUGCUUACAUUUUCUUUUUAAAGCAAACAUUUAAUAUGAAUAUUUGUUCAAUUUGAAUGUGGGGGGAUGAAAUGUUAUUUGC